UAUCAACUUCUGCCCUUGGGCUUGAACUCUUUAAUUCUUAUCGUUCUCCAAUUAGUAUUUACUUACUGUAUUUUAAUAUACAUUUUACUGGGUAGUGGGUACAUUCCUUUUUUCGCUCUGUGGUAUUAACUGUUAUUAUAUAAUUAUUUGUACAUUUUGUUUUACUAUUUUUGUAAGUAAGUUGCUAAGUUUUUCAUCGAAAUAAUUCAAAACGUUAGCAAAAAUGAACGGUUCAUCGGUUUUAAGGAAACACAAUAAUCUUAAGAAUGUGUUAUCUAUCUUAGAAAGUCGUUUCUUUUCAAGCACAUCAGAAGCAACUUUUGAAACAAAGCCAUUUAAAUUGCAUAAACUUGAAAAUGGUCCGAGUACAACUGCCACAUUGACUUCAGAAGAUGCUAUUAAAUAUUAUAAACAAAUGCAAACUAUUCGACGAAUAGAAACAGCUGCAGGUAAUUUGUACAAGGAAAAAAUAGUUCGAGGUUUUUGUCAUCUUUACUCUGGACAGGAAGCUUGUGCUGUGGGAAUGAAAGCUAUGUUUCGUGAUACAGAUUCAAUAAUUACAGCAUAUCGUGCUCACGGUUGGACAUAUCUUAUGGGUGUUGAACCUUUUGGUGUGUUAGCAGAAUUAACUGGGCGUAAAAGUGGUAAUGCUCGUGGUAAAGGUGGUUCUAUGCAUAUGUAUGCUAAAAACUUUUAUGGAGGCAACGGUAUUGUUGGAGCUCAGGUUCCACUUGGUGCUGGUAUAGCAUUUGCUGCUAAAUAUUUAGGUACUGGUGGUGUGUGUUUUACUUUGUAUGGUGAUGGAGCUGCUAAUCAAGGACAAGUGUUUGAGGCUUAUAAUAUGUCAAAAUUGUGGGAUAUACCUUGUGUAUAUGUUUGUGAAAAUAAUGGCUAUGGCAUGGGAACUAGCUCUGAACGUGCAUCUGCUAGUACUGAAUAUUAUACACGAGGAGAUUAUAUUCCUGGUAUCUGGGUUGACGGUAUGGAUGUUUUGGCUGUCAGAGAAGCUGCUCGUUUUGCCAUAGAUUAUUGUUCUAGUGGUAAAGGACCACUAGUUUUGGAAACAGCAACUUACCGAUACUCUGGACACUCUAUGUCUGACCCAGGAACAUCUUAUAGAACUCGUGAUGAAAUUCAAGAAGUGCGACAAACAAGAGACCCAAUAACAUCUUUUAAAGAAAAAAUCAUAGGAGCUAAUUUAGUUAAUAUUGAUGAAUUAAAGCAAAUUGAUAAAGAAAUUAAAGCUGAAAUAGAUGAUGCUGUGAAGAAAUCAAAAGCAGAUUCGGAAAUUCCAUUAUCUGAACUUGCAGGUGAUAUCUAUUCAAAACCACUUGAGACCACAGUCAGAGGAGUAAGCCCAUUCCAGAAAUUGGAGCAUGUCAGAAUUGGACCAGCUGUAAAUUUAAAUUAAAAUUUAAAAAAUAUAUUUAUGUGUAAUUUUUUAAGUUCAAACUGCAUAUUUAAUAAAAUAUUAACUCCAUUUAUUAUAUUCAUAAUUAUUUGUUAGUUACGUUUGUAUAUGGAUUAGAUCCUCUUAAGUGCUUUAUUAUUCAAUUUUACAGUUUCACUUUAGUAAAAGGGAAAAAAGUAUAUUUUUGUUGGAAAAUAAAAAUGUUAAAUAUUUAUUUACCUUAAAAACCUGAUGAUAUUUGAAAUUAAAAUGUAUAUUAGAGCAAUAAAUAGUUGUAUCUAUUUGUUAAUAAA